AUUCGCUAUUGUCUUUCCUUUGGACUUUGUACAAAUGUUGCGUAUAGUGACGUGUGUAGUUUAAUGAUGGAAGGAGGGCAAUUACAAAGAGCCGGUAGUUAGCCAGGUGUGUAUGUCACAUGUACAGAAGAACUGAAACUUAACAUUCCUCCAAUAGCAUACAAAUAGCCGAGUGUGAUGUGAAAUCGAAAUGUUGGUCUACAGCUGCAUCUGUUGGAAAAUGUAGGUUUGCUGCAAAGAGUCAACUAUUCAGGAUGCUUGCUUACUAAAAGUAGUGGUAGAGGGCUUCUGUAGAGCUUCACCUUACACCAUACCCAGACAGCGGGACAUCAGCACAUCGAGACGACAGAUUGGUUUUAUUGGGGUGCAUAGAGCCUACUACUGGAGGAAAAAAAACUUUGGAGUGACAGAAUUUGGUGUCUUACUUAAAAAACACAUCAUUACACAUCACAACAUUAACUUAUAUUUUGUUGAUAUGAAGCAAUAGGCAUUCUGUGCUGUAUGUGGGAAGCAAUUUUAUCCAUGCUUCGGAUCUUUAAGAGUAACUAUACUAACUAUUGAUGUAAUAACGGCAAAAGAUUUUGAACCCAUACAUUGGUGACAAUAUGGACUCGGAUGAGGAAGAUGACCAAGACAAUAUGAUGCAUUAUCUCUUGACCAGCAAUCCUAAUAAAUACAAACGCUGCAAGCUGGUAGUGGAGCGACAUGAUCGAGGAUAUGCCAUGCCUUUUGAUGAGCCAAAUGAGCACAUUGCAAUCAGUGGCCGAGAUAAUCUGUGCCGGGCCUUUCCUGGGGAGACAGUCUGCGUGGAGAUACUGACCAGGGAGGACCAAAUGAGAACUGGAAAGGUGGUGGGAGUGAUGGAGAGGGGUCGUUCCCUUCCCGCCUUCAUUUGUAAGAUGGUAGAGGGUAGCCCUCACUUGGUGACCCCAAUCACAAAACCCACAACAUGGAUACGUGUGAUUCACUCCAAAACAUCCAAUUCUGUACAAGUCCAUCAAUACACUGAUGAAGGAAAAUGGCUUCGGAAGGAAAAUGUUAACAUUAGCCCCAGUGAUCUAUACCUUGUACAAGUUCUGAAAUGGAAAAAGACCUGUUUUUAUCCACUUGGAGUUGUGACAAAGGUCCUAUCACCAGAUGACGUACAUGUUCAAGAUGAAAUAAAGGAAGCACUGGACGCUGAGUAUGGCCUUAUAGACCAGCCUCCCUCCUUCAGAGAAAGACAAGAUGGGUUUGUUGACCCUGUCAGGGAGAAUCUGUGUGACUGUCUGACCUUCACCAUCGACUCUGCAAGUGCCAAAGACUUGGAUGAUGCCAUUAGUGUGAUCGACCAGGGAGACACCUUCCAGAUUGGUGUUCACAUAACAGAUGUGGCAGCGAUUGUUCCGAAGGGCAGUGACGUUGAUGACUUCGCCAAAAAUCAGGGAGAGACAUUCUAUGGGCAAGAUGAUGAACCCUGCUACAUGUUUCCUCACAACCUUCGUGAGAGCUAUUUAAGCUUGCGCGAAGGCCAGACUCGCAAAGCUAUAUCCCUUUUGGUAUCUGUAAAUAAACAAACAUACAGAAUAGUAAAGCAUAGCUUAGUUCUGUCCCAGAUAAUAUCAAAUCAUCAACUUUCUUACCGAGAUGCUGAGAAAAUGAUUCCAGAAGAGGCUGCAAGAGUCUUAAAUUGUGCAACUGUUGAGGACUGUGUGGCUGUCGCUUACAAUUUCACUGAAGCUCACAGAGAGUCAAGGCUGGCAGGAGGAGUGAGUCGAGUACAACGGGACGGAGACAGGUCACAUCGAAUGGUAGAGGAACUCAUGAACAUGUACGGCAGUGCAGUGGCUGACCAGCUUCUUGCUUCUGAUUCGACAAAGACUCUUACUCCACUGAGAUGUCACCGUCCUCCUGAAUUGGAUCAUCUUAAGGAAUUCAGGAGGAAAUAUCAGGCUUUGAUUCCCCUCUCUCCUUUCCUGUCUCAAAUCAUCCUCAUACUGGAGAACAAUAACAAUGACAGUGCGAGUGAAAGUGAGAAUUAUACCAGUGGUGAAGAGCACAGUGAUGAGAGUGAUCAAGAUCAAGAUGAUGAUCAAGAUGAUGUCAACAUUCAGAAUCCUGGCACAUUACCCAUGCAAUUUGAGGUCUUUAACGCUGUGCUAAAGAAACUGGAUGAAGCAAUAGACAGCAAUAACCACCUUAUUGUAAAGCAGCUGAUGUCAUCCGAUGAUAUUCACCCAACUCUGAUUCCUUUACAGAGAGCAUUCAAGGAGUUGCUCAGUCCAGCUGUGACGCUACGGUCAUGCUCAACACUGGAAUCUAGGAUGGGCCACUUUGACCUGCAGCUAGAUGCCUACUGCAGGGCUUCUGCACCCAUGAGGCGAUAUGUUGACAUAGUCUUGCAAAGGCUUUUGCACCGUGUCCUUGGAGGAGAAGCUUGCAAUGUUAGUUAUACAUUAAAGGAGAUAGAGCAGCUAUGUGCAAUGAAUGACUCUGAUCGAGCCUCAGACUACCAGCUACAGUUGAAAAUGUUUACUCAAUUUGUGAAGAAACAACAUGUGGCACACAUGGCUGUCCUUGGCAAACUGCUCCCAAAAGGUGAUUCUUUCUCUAUUACUUUUCCUCUGACCUUACAAUUACAGGAUCUUUCUGUGAUGUACAGACAUUUAAAAGUAGUGGAACAGCCCAAAUACAACAAGGAGCGGCACACUAUUACACUACAAUGGAAAAGAAGAGUGUACUCCUUCACAAAGCCAGAAAAGAAUCCAGUGAAAACUCUAGGAAGCAGAUACAGCACCUGUGUCGCAGUAGAACAAUGGCAAAAAAUGAUGAUGGCUGUGCAAAAUCAGAAUUGGGCAGAAGGUAAACAGAUUCUGCAGAACAUCAUGUCACAUCUGGGGCAUGGAAGAAACGAAGAAAAUGAUGAGGACACAAAUCAAGGCCACUUCAAAUCUUUUGUUCUGGAACUUAGUCUGGGGAAGGUACUUCCAGUGCAAGUUGGAAUGGGUCCAGGUCAAACCCCUGAGGUACACCUGAUAAACAUUACUCGAGAAUUUGAGGUCUGUUUGGAGCACUCAAAAAGACCCACAACAUGUUUCUCAAAAUUGGCACUUCAUCCGUCAAAGUCAGAAUAUAAAAAUUGUGAGGAGUACCAGGAGAUAUGGGGGUGUCUUUGUGAAAUGGAUACAGCUCACAAUGCCCUAGAGGAAAACAACAGUGUAAUACUAGAGGGUGUACAAAUAACAUGGAUAUCAGGGAACCACAAUGGCCACAGAGGGUAUUUUCGCAUAUCACAGGCCCAGAAAAAACAGUGGGCAUUAGAGUUUGAUGUCACCAACUGUUUCCUGUGUAUCCGACUUCGAGACCAGAAUGCAGAAACAGAGAAUGAAGAAAGUGAUCAUGAGGAAUUUGAGGAUCUUUUACUGCAAGAUAAACUGCCUUUCACCUGGGUAGCUCAUGGUGUGACCAGUCGACCCAAAAAGAAAAAGAAAGACACUAAAAAAGAAACCAAGGAGGAUUUAAACCAGUCUCCCACCCAAAUCGAUUUUUACAUCAAUCAUUGCUCUAUGAACUAUACCCCAGACCAGGUCUAUGUGAAAAACACAAAAUUCACUGUCGAAGUUAUUCCAAAAAAGAUCCCUUAUGUGCUUCGGGAAAAUGCAGUAGAAAAACUGAAACGCGCUAAUUCUCUGGUGCAAGACAUUGCUGUUGGACAUGCAUCAAUCCACAGCUCUAUUGAAGAUGAAAUGACUGGAACACUCGCUACUGAUGGUAAAAAACUAGGCUUGCCUCCUCUAAACAACAGUCAGAAAGAGGCCAUUGAGCAGGCACUACACAGAAAGUUCACACUGAUCCAAGGCCCACCAGGUACUGGAAAGACCGUGGUUGGAGUCCACAUUGUUUAUCACUUUUUCCAGAAGAACAGAGAACAUCAAAGCACUUCUUCAAAGUCAUUGUUAAAAGAAAAAGAAAACUCUGGGAAGAGUCCACCAAAGAAAAGAGCUAUUUUAUACUGUGGACCCUCCAACAAAUCAGUGGACAUAGUAGCAGAACAGCUCCUGAAGUUGCAGGAAAAAGUGGGUCUGAAACCUGUGAGGGUCUACAGCGAACAGAUGGAGAUGCUGGAGUUUCCCUACCCUGGCAGUGAACUGAAGCUGUGCAAACAAUCACUAAGGGAGGACAAACUUAAAGGAAAACUCAAGUCAAUCUCUCUGAUGCAUCGAAUACGAGACAGCUCCAAUCCGUUUUCAGGUGAAAUUGAAAAAUUUGAUGUCAAAAUAAAGACAAGAGCCCUCAUGGAGAGUGACAUUGCAGAAUAUAAAGAGGCCAUAAAGAACGCUAAGAUUCAUGAGUUGCCUAAACACGACGUUGUCCUGUGUACCUGUGCAGCUGCUUUAAACCCCAUCCUUAUUAAGACCAUGGACUUCUGCCAGAUUCUCAUUGACGAGUGUGCCAUGGCAACCGAACCUGAGGCAUUCAUUCCACUCGUCUCUCAUAGCCCUAAAAAGAUUGUCCUUCUUGGCGACCAUAAGCAACUGCGUCCUAUUGUAGAGUGCGCUGCAGUAAAAGAAAUGGGGAUGAAGCAAUCCUUGUUUGAGCGAUACAUGGACAAAGCACUGAUGCUGGACACACAAUAUAGAAUGCACGAGGACAUAUGCGCCUUUCCUUCAGAGAUGUUCUAUGAGGGUCGCCUUAAGACGGGGGCUACAAGGGGACAGGGUUACCUGUUGACUGGAAACAGGACGCGGACCCCCAUCUUGUUUGGCCACAUCCAGGCAACAGAGGACAGUCUGGUCGUCUCGACGACCACAGGGAAUGAAAACUCCAAGUCCAACCCAGAGGAAGCUGCACAGGCAGUUCGUAUUGCUAAACUCUUGAUAAAGCAAUCCAAAGUCUCGCCAGAAGACAUUGCCAUUCUCACACCAUACAAUGCACAAGUGGUCCGACUUAAUCAAAAACUAAAAGAGGAAAAGAUUGAAAACGUGACAGUAUGCACCAUCAUGAAGAGUCAAGGGAGUGAAUGGCCUUACGUCAUCUUCUCAACUGUGAGGUCCUGUAAGCCUUCAGAGCUCCGGGCUCGGCCAAGCAGCAGCAAGAGCUGGCAAGCAGAACACUUGGGCUUCAUCACCGACCCCAACCAAGUGAACGUGGCCAUCACUCGGGCCCAGGAUGGCCUGUGCAUACUAGGUAACCGUGACCUUUUGAGGUGCAAUCAGCUGUGGAAUAAACUCCUGGCACAUUAUGAAAAGAAAGGCUGUGUUGUGGACCCAGCUAAAGUCAUUCAGGUGCAUAAAAAGUGAUGCAGCACUUGUGACUGUUGAUCAAAUGAACCGUUUCAACACCCAUCCUGAAAGGCCCCUACACAUCAGCCGUGGAGCGACUGCCUAUCCUCCUUCAGCACAUUUUCUGUAUGGCCCAAUUUAUUUCACUACACGGGUCACAGAAGCAGCUAGAUGAAUGUGACCUAUAAGUUAUCCUAUAGCACUGACAUCAUUGACUCAAACAAAUACCAAUAGUUGCAACACAAAAUGUGUGAGCACAUUAACCUUUUGAGAAUAUCAGGCUUUAUUGUACCAUACUGCUUUCUAUGGUCCUCUGAUUGGGAUCAUAAAUACUACAACAAAACUGUGGCAUCAGGCCAAGCCCAGGCUUGUUGUGUAAUAUGCUGUGGGACACAUUUAAUUCCUUUGUUACUGGUGAAGUAUCUCUUCUUGCCCUACUCUACUAAAGUUGUAGCCCUUGAUUAUCAUCAUUUUUUCUUUCUCUCGAAUAAUUUUCACUCUGAAUGUCCUUAUGCCAUGCCCAAUUCCAAUAUUUAGCAUUUACAGGUAUCUAUAAUGUACUCUUUAUAAAA